CAAAAGGCAGGCAUGACCUCGUUCUGUUCUAGGAUUUCUCUGCUCCACACACUCCACACACUCCACUUCCUCGGCUCGAGCUGCAAGGGCCGUCCUUUCGCAUAGACGAAACGAGCGACCUUGCCGAUGACACCUCCAUCACCACUACCACAUUGAGCGCUGUGCGCAGGAUACGACUCUCAAUGCCGAUGAUGAAUGUUGGGGGAUUCCCGAGUGCCGCGAGCGUGAGCUACGAGACUGCUGCCCAUGGUGGUUGAAGGCAGCGAGUGCCUGCACGGCUUCGGAGAUCUUGCAAACGCGAGCGCGUCGAUAUGCAUGCAUGCGGCAGGGGAAACGAAGGGUGCCGGUAAUCUUCAAAUCUCCGAAUGUGGGGUACAGUGUGCAGCUCACUCCCCGCACUAUGCUCACCAUCAUCAUUUUGGAGUGCCCCUCUAGCUUCUUUUCGCAAUCACGAGCCAUCAAGAAAUCAGUUGGAAGCGACUUUGUCGCCUCGUCCUCCUGAAGCUUGGCGCGCGCGCUAGAUGCACAUCUCCGUCCGAACGGAACUCAAAUUCCGCGGGAUGAUCAGCGCAGACUGGCGCGCCAUUGUCAACCCGAUUGGCGUUUCGACGCACACUUUGUUUGGUGAGCGAGUGUUCAGAACACACACUUUGCCCUGGGCGGUCAAAGGUGUUUCUAUUUGUGGCGCCUCGCAGCUAACACCUUUUGCCAGGCUCGCUGCACCUUUCUGGGCCUCCAGGG